CUGCGAUCCAACUCACGAUAACUUCACACCAAUCAGCCCAAAUCUCACAACCCACAAAGGAACAACUCCAAGUCAAUAACGGCACCAAAGACAAAGAUGUGCACCUACACCUACACCCUCCAUACCGCCUGCAUGCACAAGCAGUACCAGAACAUGAUGGAGUGCGUCCGCGUCCGCACCGGCGACAGCACCACACGCUUCGGCACCUAUCGGACCCUCCACGCCGAGCUCACUCUCAACAGACAUGUCCACUUGCCCGAGCGGGAGCCCUUUGACAUUCCCCUCCGGGAGUGUAAGGGUCGUGGGCGGUAUGCUACGCGCCCGGUGAAUGGGCUCUGUAUUGCUUGUAAGAGGGAGGAGAGGGAGAAGCGGGCUGUUGAAGCGAAGGAUGCUCAGCGCAAGGCGGGUGGUGCCGAUACGGCGGCGGGAGUGAGGGACAGCAUCAUGGGGUUGGAGACCCUUGUUGCUGCCACCAAGCGGAUGGAUCUGGAGGAUUGAGGGUUAUGAAUCAGCUUUCACCUCUACAGCUUCAUCCGCUUGGGGGCAGGAAUGGCAUUGAGUUCGGAGGAGGGGUUUAUAAAGGUGUCACUAGGGAAAGCAGGGACUUGUUUUUGGCCGUUGGGAUGGACUUUAGGAAUGAUACCCCCAGAUUAAACCAUGAAUUACGACGAUGAAUGAGAUUUUCUGGUCUCGAUGAGAUAAGGUUUAUGAUUCACGUGGAUGUUGAUGAAGAGAGCAAGUUGGUGAUGAUGGCGAGGGAUGUUCGUGAUGUUGAUGGUGGAGGCCGGCGC